GCGCCCAAGCCGCAGACAUCCGGUGCCCGCGCCAGCCAUGUCGGCGAUGUCCGUCUGCGGGCACAGGCCAGGCCUGCCGGUGACCGCUUAUGCAACGCCGGUGAACGCCGCCACGUACGCGGUGCCGUCCACCACCGGCAGCAGCCACGCGGCCCAGGCAACUUACGCCACCACCACCUCCGAGUCUCCGACGGUGUCCGCGGGCAUCGUGCCCAUGUCCGCGGCGGAGGUGGCGUACGCGGCCGCGACGGUGCUGACCAGUGACUUUGCGGCCACCACCGGGGAGCCGCUCGGCGCCAGUGCUGCCGCCCUGGCCGCCCCCGCGGCGCAGCGGGACGCCCGCCACACGGUCUACGUGGAGCACUCGUCCGUUUCGCAGGCGCACAUCGCUGCACCUGCGCCCCUGCAGGAGGUGUUCCCGAAGGCCGUGCCCGUGCCCGUGGCCCAGCAGGUGCCGCAGGCUCCGCUGGUCAGGGCGUUCUCUGCGCCAACGCCAGUGGACACUGCACACCUGCGCCAGGUCUCCUACCCGGCGCCCGCGCACAUGGGCUACACUACCAUGGCCGUGCAGUACGCCAUGUUUCCACAAGACGCCGCCGCCUGGGUCGGCCAGCUGCACCCGCUCCCCGUCGCCGCGGCGCCGCACCUGCCGCCGCUGCCGCAGGUGUUCCCCCAGCACCACGCCCUGCCCCAGGGAGGCCUGCAGCCAGGCGCUCCGCGGCCCGCGGCGGGCGUGCCCGCGGAAACUGCGAAGGCUGCCGACGCGGCAGAGGGCACGGAGGGCCCGAAGACCAGCCGCAAGCACACCGUCGUGAGCAGCAGGCACAAGGCGAAGCACUGCUGCUGAGCCGCCCCCUCCGCCGCCCAACGGCGGCGCCUCGGGCUGUGUCGCGGCCGUCGGUCUCCGGGGAGCCGCAGGUGUCGGAGGAAACAGCGACACAGACAUAGGCUUCCGCUGACGGUGUCCCAGUGCGGCAUGCCCGCGCGAGGCGCAGCGAAUUAAUUGUUUUUUUUGCCCUGGCAGAUGUACGCGCGAGCGGGGUCGCGGCAGGCACUUCGGCAUGACCGCCCGAAGGUUCGUCGCGAGCGCAGUGGUCAACCGUGCGACUGUCCGUGGCGCUGUCAGCUUGGGCUCACCACGCGGUUGGCAUGAGCAGCUGUGGUGGUGGUGUCUGAUUUUUUCGCCCCGUAAUUCAUCGAGUGCCGCGACCCCGCUCUGCCCUCUCUGCACGGUGGAGCGCUGGCUCCUUAAUUCGCGAGGCGUCUGUUCGCGGUGCCGAGAGUUAGGUGGACCCAGACGUGCCCCGUGGGCGCAUGCACGGUACCGGAGGCACACGCGAUAAGAAUUGGACAUCGUUCGGGCUUGUGCACUUGUUCUCGGCGGGGGGCAUCGCAUCUUGGAUCAUCUUGGUGGAA